AAAAAUAAAUAUGAAAGGUCUAAUUACCGUGUUGAUACGGUGUUGUCAGUAUUUUUGACCCCGUUUUGAGUUCGCGAAGCUUUGUAUUUGAUGCCGUUAGGUUAUCUUAAAAAACAGUUGUUUCCGCAAAGUCGAAGUCAUCUUGCGGCGAUAAAUGAAAGAUAAAAAUGUAGACAAAUUCCAAAAUAAGGGCAUUUUCGUAUGUGAUUUUUUAAGGAACGUUAUUGAUUUGCCUUAGAGGCUUGGUCGACGAAUAUAAAACCUAUACAUGGUUUACGAGGGUCUUACGUGGUUUCUAUUGGCUCACUGAGUCAUAAAAACUCUGGGACACAUUUUUUAUCGGAAUUUUCCAAAUGAUUGAACAUUUACAUAUGCGUUUGCAAAUUUUUAGAAAGUCUAGAAAUCUACAGAAAGUGUUGAAAAUUAAAAGUCGAAUGGGCUUGAAAAGUGCUGAAAUCAGUGUUUUGUUAUGUGAUUUAAGGAAGAUUAUGGAAUUUGAAAAGGAAUGAAAAAUUGCGAGUAUUGAUUAUUUUUUUAAACGUUUUCAACUUCUUUAAAUGUUGUCUCAUAAAGUUUUUUAAAAACGGGACUUAAGGUGUUGUAAACCUGAGAAUUGUGUUGGUUUGGUAGUUUUUGAAACAUAACCAAACAAAAACAACAUAAACAAAAUGCUUCCUCAACAGUAUUGUUUAAGAUGGAGGUACCAUCACUCGAACUUGCAGACCAUGUUCUCCCAGCUUCUUGAAAGGCAGGCCUUCUGCGAUGUAACCCUUGCCUGUGAAGGAAGAACAAUAAAGGCCCACAAAAUUGUUCUUUCUGCUUGCAGUACAUAUUUUGAAACUAUCCUUUCGCAGUAUGAAGAAAAGGAUCCAAUCCUGAUAAUGAAAGAUGUGAAAUAUAUUGAUAUAAAAUGUUUAGUUGAAUUUAUGUAUAAAGGUGAAAUCAAUGUUGAACAUUGCCAUUUAGCAACAUUACUUAAAACAGCAGAGGAGCUACGAAUAAAAGGUUUGGCUGAAGUAUCGUGGAAAGAUGAAGAGCAAACUUCAAGUGUGAGUGAUGGCAAUGUUAAUGGAAUACAGACAGCAAUACCCCAAGUGACGACUGUUAUGGAUACUCCUUCCAAAUAUGACCCUCCUCCAAAUAAGAAGAAGCGUGGGAGACCACCCAUAGAUGAUUAUGACAGCACAUUCACUACUCCGAGAAUAAGUAAUGUUCAAGGAACUACCGAUGAGACUUAUUCCAAUGAUGCCAUGUCUAGCAGUGAACAUGAUCUAAAUAUUUGGGAGGAUGAUCAAGCAAAUGACCAUACAGACAAUGAGGAGUCACCUAUAAAAGUUAAAAAGGAAAUUUCUCAGGAGGAGGAUUUGGAUGACCGUAGCAACAAUUCUUUCUCAUUACAAAAUGAAUCAUCAAAAGGCAGUACAAAUACCAAUGCUAACAGAUCCACAAAUGUAACCACCUCUGGGGGGCAAUCAUUUCUGACUCCCCAAAUUGAAAAGGAAUGGCCAGAUGUCAUUAAAAUGAAUGAAUAUUUAAACACAGGCCGACGUCAACAGUUCUGGGAGGAACCUUUUACCAAACGUGUGAUGGAUGCAAUCAAGACGAAAAAUUUGGAAAUGAAGGUAGCUGCUGAAUUGCUUGGAGUUUCGUAUGGCACAUUAUAUGGGAGGUAUCGAGAUUCCUAUGGAUGUCUCAAGCAUCCUUACAGUUUUCACCCAUUAUUCAAAAGAGUAAGAGACUUCUGGACUGAGCAAGGACCUACCGAUGUGCUGCUGAAAUUGAAACGGAAAGAGAUCACUUUGUUCAGGGCGGCUGAACAGCUGAACGUUACCCCACAGACGUUGUCAAAUUAUUUAAUUUCAAUGUCACAAAUUGACAAUCCCGACAAUUCAAGCGUCCAGUCUAAUCAAGGCGAGUCUUACGAAGAAGGUACUUCGGAAGAUGAAGCUGAUUCCAUCUUGCCAGACAUUCCAUCAAAUAAUACAAAUGUAUUUAAGAAUUUGGUUACCCCUUGCAGUGCAUCCGGAAAUAGGAAUUCGCCGUCAGGCAAUUCGGUGUUGGCUCAUUGCCCUGACAUAACCAUAAUCAAAAAGGAAAAGCUGGAGGGGAAGGUAAACAAUAACUCAGAUCAUUCCGAAAGUAACAGUGACAAAUAAAAUGAGUAUCGUCACCUGCUGUUUCCUUGUACUGAAAAAUGUGACGUUUAUAUUUUCCAAUAUUUAGUAUUUUAUACAGACCAAAGUAAUUUUUGUACUGUCUCUCGUUUAGUUUAAUUUUUAGGAAAAAAGUGACGCUACUUAUAGUACGGUGAAUAUUGUUCGUAGAACUUUGAGGUAGUGAUCUAUUGUGUGUUGCAUAGCAACCUUUAGUAAGUAUUCGAAAUACUGAACCGCUGGGAUAAUCUUUUUCAAGAGGAUGGUUGGACACUUUUCUAAUUGGCAAAUGAUACCUUGGUUUUGUGUAUACUGUCCCAUUGAAGAUGGAAGUUUCUUUGUGAAAACAGUUUUGUUUUUAUCUUCGUUGAUGUAGUAUGUCUGCACCCACAUAAUUUUUCGGCUUAGGCAACAUUAUCUGAAAUGCGUUUGUUUUACCAGGGGAGUUUGUUUGUGCAAGUGUGUUUUUUUACUGUAUUCGCCAGCAAAAAUAUUUUUUUUCAAUGGUUUUUAUGAUUUUGCUUAUAAAAUUAAAAUAAAUUUUAUCCAAAAAUUGCGGCGAAAUGUAACUUAUUUAUUUCUAUCAGGUCCUUGUAUUAGGUGUGACUAAUUCAACACUUGUAAAUAUCAUAACUGUUUAAUUUUUAAAAUUAUAUUUUUAUUUUGCAAGCUAAAUAUUUUUCAUAUAUUGCUUAAUGUUGGACUUACUUGCAUUUGCGAAAAUCUUUGUAACUUAAGCAGCGCUGUUGUAGCCGAUUGAACUAGUCUGAAGUAUAUUUUUUAAAUUUUUAAUUAAUUAAAUUUUAAACUGUGAUUGCUUUCUAUUAACGACGUUCAAUUAUUAUUCUUGUCUAUUUUUGGGACACUAUAGCUGCUUUGAACCGUGUUAUGAUUUAAAUGCGCAGGUCGCGCCGAAUUAACUGAUCAAGGAUUCGUGGGUGAAAAGUGAACUAAUUAUUUAACACUAGUAGUUCAAUCGGAGUGUUCAGAGAGCAAAGUGCUACAUAGGUAUUUCGUCUUAAUAAAGGGGGUGCCCGUAUUGUAAUCUGUUGUAUUGAAGCAUUAGAUUUUGGCUGUGUGAAAUGAUUGGUCUGAUAAUUUUCCGCUCUCUUUUCUCUAUUCUAUUUGGUUAGGAUAUGUUUAUUUAUUUAUUGUUAAAAGUCGCGGAUGAGGUUUGGAACAUUUUCCUGCUUUCUUCAGUCAGUACUUAAGGUUUUAGUAGCUGAAGAUUGGAAUUUUGCAGUAUUGUUUAUAAUUGGUAUUUUUUUUAUAUUUAGUUAUAUUACUAAACUAAUUGAUAGCAACAACUUUCUUUGAAUACUUACUAAACGGUUAUUAGACAGUAUUUUUUCGUAAUAGUUCUUCAAGUAAUUAGUUCGCAUCAACAAUUUUCAAACUAUAGUAUGUCAUUGUACCUGAUUUUCUCUCUACCACGUUUUUCGUUAGCUUGUAGUUGUCGUAUUUUGUUUUACGUAUACAUAUAGCAUCUUAGCAUAUAGCGUAUGGGUUCAUAAGUAUAAAUUUUCUUUUCUAAAAGUUAUCCGGUUUCGGAUGUCCUGAUGCGCGUUGUGUCUAAAAUCCCAGUAUCAACUAGAGCUUACACAUUCCAACCUAUGUAUCUAUAUUAUAAAAAGAAUAAUAAUUAUGAACCUAUUGUAAUAUAAAAUCAAAAAAGGCCAAUUUAAAGCUUCACUUCCUACUUUAAUCUGUUUUAUCCUAAUUUAAAAUAACCUUAGCUUAUGGCAACAUUAUAAGGUAGAUAAGCAGUAAGAUUUCUUAAAAAAUACCACUCAUUUGAAGAUAAUAAAAUAAAAGCAUAUUCUACAAGAACUAUUUGGUACUUUAUUGUAGUUUUUCAUAAAUUUGUAAUAUUUGCAUUUGAUGAUUUUGGUUCACAAAAGACAAGAACGACGUACUAUUUUUCUUAAAAUUGUUUAUCAAGAAAACAAACUAUUUAUAAAAAGCAUUACUUAGUUUUAUUAGUUGCAAUUGUGUUUUAUUAAAACUCCAUUAUUCCUAGAAGAAAUUUCUAAGUAAUGGACAAGAUUCAUUUUUUUUAAAUAUCCUUAGAAAUUUUUUACAUUAAAUAACAGGGUAUUAUUUGCUUAUUUAUAUUUAAAACGAGCAUGAUGUGGUUUUAUUUACUAUUGAAUAAAUAUUGUUGAUUUGCGACCAGUUUGCUUGGGGGACGCUACGAUGUGCGUUAACUUAUAGCGGAUAGUGAAAGUGACUACCAAAAUGUUUUAUGAAAAACAAACGUAUUAUGCUAUUCACGCAAUAUUAUAUAUCGGCAAAAUUAGUUUAGAACUUAGAGGACAUAUCACAGGGUCCAGUCUGUCUGCACUGACUCUUCAAAUUGCAAUCCUGUUAUUAAUGCUUUUAAGUAUGUAGGUGAGCAAGACUCGUACAGGGUGUUCGAGUUUGAAUUGAAUUAUAAAAUAUAUUGAUUAAAAUCGGAACAUAACUCAAUUAUUAAUUAUCUAAACUUAAAUACAAUUAAUCUUUAGCUCAGGAAUCUGAUUUAGUUAGACAUUUGCAAUACUUCAUUCUUGUAAUUGGUAAUUGGUAAUGGUAAUUCAAAAUUAUUUCACAAUUUGUUAUCACUUCAAAUUUAUCUAUGAUUAGCAGUUUUUUUUUACACCCUGUAUGUUAGCCGAUAAGAAGUAGAUAGACUUGUAUAAAUUGCAGUGUAUUUGCUCCACUCUCAGUAUUUGUCAUUUGUGUGCAUUAUAGUUUUUUGACUAAAAACAAUUAUUUAAGAUUUUAUAUAGGUUUAAGAGCUAAGCUAUCUAUUUAAGUCAUUUAAAUAUAUUUAAGUACAUUCAAAAUAUAGGUUAGAGUUUGUCAUAUAUUUGUAUUAAACAUGAAGAAGAGUUUCAUGUUAUCCUAUUUACGACAUAUAUUACCUAUAUAUAUUAUAUGAUGACGUAUAUAUUUAUACAAUUAUUUGUUGAGUGCCUAACAAAUAAGUUUACAAACAUAGAAGAUACUAUUUUACCCCAGUUUUACACAUACUUAAUAGACUAAUUUAAAAAGAUCUGUUAAUUUAAGAGGUUCUAAGGACAUCAUUCAGCAAUUGCAGUAAUACAAUUAUCCCACUAUUAAAGUUUUUAAUUUACAGUAUAACAUUAUCACUUAGUGUAAUGUUUUUUAUGUAGAUUAUUUUUUAUUUAUUACACAUUU